AUGCGAAAACUGACAAUGGAAGAAAUUAUUGGAGUGGUGAGGGGACACGCGUAUGGACACGGGGCAGUUCGCGUCGCGCGCCACCUGGCGUCGCUUGGCGUUGAGACGUUUGCCGUCGCAACCACGAACGAGGGUAGGGUGCUACGAAACGGUGGCGUUCAGGGGAAGAUCCACGUUUUAGGAAACUGCCAACCAGAGGAAAUUAAUCACGUGGUCGAAAAUGAUCUCAUACCGACAAUAUGCUGGAGCAAUGCGCUCAAGACUGUACCCGCAAACAAACUUCUCACCAAGACGGGUGCGCAGCUCAAGGUCAAUGUGAAUGUCGACUCGGGAUUGUCGAUGUACGGCGUGGAGACUUGCCAGCUGGAUGGACUCAUUCAGGAGCUGGAUGCCUUGGACGUUGGUAUAGAAAGCAUCUUUACGCACUUUGCUGGAGGUUUAACGGACCGUUCAGGCAAUCUGGAUCAACUUGACCACUUUCUAAACUGUACCGACCCUUACGUGAAUAAGAACAUCUCGCGCCAUGCGGCCGCCUCUGUUGGCUGUUGUCAGAUGGUGGGCACAGAGCUGGACUACGUGCGGCCCGGUCGCAUCUUGUACGGAAUCAGCACUGAGAAUGACUUUCCUGGCUUGAAGGUCUUCAAGGACUUUGACUUCCUGCCAGCCAUGUCUGUCUUCGCUCGGCCAACCUUUUACGAACGCGUGCCACCAACGAACGGCCGCUUGGGACCCAAAUGGUUAGCUAGCUUUGCAUGUGGCUGGGCCGAUGGCUACAGCGAGAAGCUAAGCCAUGGAAUCGGUUCCUUGAGAAACAACAAAACCGGACAACUACAUGCUCUCGUGGGGCGCGUGACUGCGGACGAGUGUAACGCGGCGUUACGUAAACAACCACGCUCCGGGGAUACGUUCACGCUGCUCACCGCCGACUAUGCGGAUCACACGUCGCCGGCUUGGAUGGCAUGUACCCUGGGUGACAGUCCUGCCGAAGUGACGAGCGCCUGGUCGAGGCGCGUUCCGCGAGUCUACGUUAGGCAGGGUGAGGUGGUGAACAUCACGGCAGGCGUGGACCUCUAGAUGUCGCUGGCGGCUGCUGUUGAUGUAUGACCACGACGACAACGACGGUGAUGACGAUGACGACGACGACGACGAUGAUGAUGAUGAUUAUGAGGAAGAU